AUGGAAAAAGAACGACUGGAAGAGGAAUACGAUUUUUUUGAACGCGCAAUUCGGAAAACUGGAUGUUGGAAAGAGCAUUUGGCGUGUGCUGAAUGUAUGGGUCAUACAAAAGAUUGGCGCGAAUGCCAAGAAGAGAGUGAGAAUUUGGUUAUUUCGGGAAAGCAAUCGAUUUCUUCAGAAGAAGCAAUGCUUCCCAAACUGUUUGCCGAGUUUGUUAUUGACUCGGAUGAUUAUGAUGUUAAUAACCGUUUGCAUCCGAAUUAUAUUGAUCCACAUGUAUAUGUGCCUUUGGACCGAUCACCCAGAUGGUUUCUUGACGAUAAUUUAACUAACAGUAACAAUAAGACUCGUGAAAUUGUCCAGAACCGUGCUGCCUUCGCUUAUCUUCAGGGCGAUUACAUUACCGCAAUGGAUAUUGCUCCAAUAAAUGGUCCUCAAUUAUUCUUUUUACUUCAAAAACUACACGCAUUGGUGUCAACAUAUGAUGAACAGUUACAGUAUUGGGCAGAAAGUUUAGAGGUGUAUUUAGCAACCGGAAUGGGUACCAGCAAUUAUUUACGAAAUGCAAUUUUAUUAUGCGCUAGUACCGAUUUGCCGGAAUUUUGGAUUUCAAUUUUGAAAAAUGCUCCGAAUUCUUGUGCAAAUCUUCGAAUUGGAUCACUAUGCCGCGCUGUUUGCAUUUUGGAGAAUUUAUUGCCAUCCAAGACUAGAUAUUUUGAUCCUCAUAACUUGAAGCUGAUGAAGGCAGAACUCCGAGGUCUUUGUAGUGAAGAAAAGUUAUCCGAAGUAAAAGCAGCUAUAUGCGCCGAUCUUAUAAGAAACGAAAAGGUUAAAACAAUAGAAGUCAACCGUCUUUCCUUUUCCAAACGUGUCCUAAAAGACAGAAAAGCCGAAGAUGUUGUGAUACUCGAAUUCAUUCAUCAUUUUUACUGGCUCUUUAGUGAUGUAAACCAACAAUUAGUUAAUGUCAUAUUGCAGAUAUCAUAA